CAGAGGCUUUAGGGAUGCCAAUUGUAACAUUUUUGAGAAAAUAUCCUUCUAUACUUUUGCAAGAUGCGGUUAAUGUUAAACAAUUACUCAUGUUGUUCAAAAAAUAUGAAAUACCAGAUAAAAGUGUGAAGAAGUGCAUGAAUAUUUUUCAAAUAAGUAACGAAAGCUUUCAAGAACGAUUAGAGAUCAUAAAGCAGCACCCAGAUCUGAACAUGUGGUAUAAGCACCCACGAAUACUGCAAAUUAUUUGCCGGAUAAAGCAGACAAAGCAACGCUUAGAAUAUAUUAACAUCAUGAAUUCUUUGAAAUGGGCCCAGCCACAAAUAUUUCUGACUUCAAACACGGAAGUGGACAAAUCUUUGCAAACCGGCUUAGUUUCAACCCGAAAAAGUUUACAGCAUAUAUUUAUACAGGAAUUGGGAGUAGACAAAAGCAAUUUGCUAAUGAGGCAUCAACAUUGGAAAAUGACUGCAUUUAUUGAUAUCGUGCAUAUGUUGAAAUACUUAAAGAAACAUUUUAAGAUAAACGAGAUAUGCUCUAAUAUACACAUCGUACUUUAUGAACAAUCGAGAGUGAAAAAAGUACUGGCUGAUCUAAAACAACAAUAUUCUAAGGGUACAGAGUACUCAUUUACUAAUAGCCAGUAUCUUGCAUUAUGCCUAUACAUGUUGGAGAAAAAUAAUCAUUUCACGGGUGACGGUGUUUGGAUCAAUGAAGAGAACAUGAAAGAGCAAUCUUUGAAAAAAAGAAAUACUAUAGAAAAAUUUGACGAUAGUACUAUAGAAGAUAUCAAUAAUAAUUUCAGUACAAAAGAUGACAGUAAUAUUGAUUAUAAUAGUAUAGAUGUAAGGUUGUAGCAUUCAGUAAAUUAGUAAUAAUACAGAAUAAAUAUCUGUAAAAAUGUAAAUGUAAAU